AUGGUGAUGUCCCAGGGCACCUACACCUUCCUCACCUGCUUCGCGGGCUUCUGGCUCAUCUGGGGCCUCAUCGUGCUGCUGUGCUGCUUCUGCAGCUACCUGCGGCGGCGGGUGAAGAGGCAGCAGGAGGAGCGGCUGCGGGAGCAGAGCCUGCGCGCGUUGGAGAUGGAGCCACUGCACUACGAGGGUUACGGGGGCAGCCCCCCCGGCAUCGCCAUUCCCCACCGCCUCCGCCUCGAGCCCCACCAUCACCAUCAUCACCCCCACCACAUCCCACCCCCCCGGCCCUGGAGCUGCCGGCACGGUAAGGAGCAGGGAGGGGCUCUCGCAUCCCCGCAGCACAUGCCUCCCUCUGGUUUGGGGGGGAUACGACGGGUCCGGGGGGGGCUUUGCCUUGCAGAGUCGGACCUGUCAAAGCCGCCGUGCUAUGAGGAGGCGCUGCUGAUGGCGGAGCCCCCCCCGCCGUACAGCGAGGUACUGAUGGACACGCGGGGGCUCUACCGCAAAAUCAACGCCCCUUUCCUGAGCCAUGAGCGGCUGGAGAAGCAGGAGCAGCCUCCCAGCUACAAACCCCUUUUCCUGGACGCCGGCUACGGUUCAGCGCUGCACCUGCCCCGCUCAGCCAGCCCCGGCCCUGCCUGCCCGGACCUCUACCUGCAGCAGGAGUGCUCCCCACGCAUGUUUCCCAGCUGGACGGACUCGGAGCUCAGCAGCAGGGACACCUACGAGACGGGACCCUGGCACCUCCCGGUCUCCAUGCCCCUCUUCGGCAGGACUACCGCUGUCUAA